GGUAGAAGGAGGACAGACAGUGGCACCAAGUGUAGCUGAUCCCAGAAGAGGUUCAUCACAGAAGGUCUGCCCCCCUGCAGACCUGCUGUGAUAAACCUCCAUACAGGCCAAACGAGGCCAUAGUCCCCUGGCCACCAGGCUGCUUAUGACAAUAGGCCUCCCUCUAUAAGACAUUUGUGGUAGCAACCACCUCCACAUCUGUAGACUCCCCAAUAGACUGUCAGAGAGACAUGGAAAGAGACAGUCAGACGACAGACAGAGUGUGAUAUAGAGUCAAACAGUGACAAAGACACAAGCAAAGAGAGACACAGAUACUAUACAAACAGAGAUACCGACAGACUGAGUGAGAGAAAGAGACAGACAGGGAGAGAGGGACACAGAGUGAGACACAAAAACAGGAAAGGAGAAAAAGACACGGAUAGUGAGACAGACAGUAAAAGAAACAAAAAACGAGACAGAAAGAGACACAGAAAAAGACAGUGACAGAGACACAAGAAGAGAGAGACUGAUAGAGACAGACAGACAGACAGUGAGACAGACAGAGAGCAAAAGGGAGCGAGAGAGUAACAGACAGAGGAGGUGGUCAUAGACAAGCGAUAAAUCCCAGGAGACGUCUUCGAGGCCAGUUGUCCAAUCCGUGGAGAUCCGUGUCCAUCCCAGUUUAACUGGGCCUGUUAUAGUGGUAAGACCUGCUCGGACCAAAUAAGAGAUAAAAUAAUUAUAGAAAAAAGUAUUUCGUUUUCUUUACAUCCCCCACUUUGCAGGACAGAAGUGGAAGCAAAUGGUCUUUACAUUACUUCACAUAUCUCUAAAAGCAGGUUACUUUGUGAUGCAGCACACAAACAUCUGCAGGUCAAGUGCACAAAGGCUCAAGGCGGACGCUUGCAUGCUCAGAUCUGACUAAGCGAAAUUUAGGAGUUUAGGACAUUGUCCGAAAGAAAUCUCAUGACACACUAACUCUGGGUGCCAGGUCUUAGCAGCUACAUGUAAGAACACAAAAGGUCAUGAGAGAGACAAUGAGGUGGAGCAGGAGCUGGAGGUUGGAGAGCGAACGGGUGAUAGCGGCAUGGAGGUAACUGCCGGGACGGGACCAAGAGGGGGAUUUAGCAUCACUCACAUGCUGCACUCGAUCAUUCCCUCUUUUGUGAGGCGCACAAAGGCAGCCAGGGGUGCAGGGUUUAAAAAGGAAACGCAGUCGCUUUUAGCCAGCAGACCUGGACACACACCAGCCAAACCAGAGUUGCUGAAUGUUUCUUUGCAGGACCGUUCUUCCGCUGCCUUCUCUAGGAUGCUCUACACUCUAGCGGGUGGAGGGACGCUGUGCGGCGUGGCCGCCCUCGUGCUGCUCAUCGUGUCCACGGCCACCGAUUUCUGGAUGCAGUACCGAUACUCGGGGAGCUCGGCCAAUCAGGGGCUCUGGAGGUUCUGCAUUAACCACAAAUGCCACGCCCACACCAUAACUGUAGCUUUCUGGGACGCCACGCGCGCCUUCAUGCUGCUGGCCGUGUUGAGCUGUUUCGCCGGCGUGGUGCUCGGCCUGAGCGCCUUCACUAACGGCACAAAGAACAGAAGGGUCCGUACCGGCGGCAUCGCCCUGGUCCUGUCAGGUUUCCUGGCUCUGCUGGCUUUGGCCAUCUACACAGGUGUGACUGUGACUUUCUUUGGCAAACGCUUCCUGGACUGGCGCUUCUCUUGGUCCUACAUCAUUGGUUGGGUGGCCGUGAUCCUGGCUUUUGCAGCAGGCGUGUUCCAGCUCUGUGCUUACCAGCGGACCAAUGCAGAACCCGCUCCUUCAAAUAACCCUGACAGCUGAACGUAAUGCACUAAUCCUGAUCGGCUCCAAGACUGUUCCAAUACACAUUUGCUGCUGCUUUUCAGUACCUGGAAUAGAAUAAAUAGAAAUGAUAGAA